AAAGAAACUCGAAACUGGCUGUAGAAUUUUCACGAAACAGCAAAUAUAAGAUGCAAGACGUGUGUAAGUCUCAUCAUUUUCCCGUGUUACACCUGGACAUCUGUAUGGACUGCUGCCUCGUGACGGAUCACACGUGCUCCGGUUUUGGGAAUCGCACGUCAUUAAACUGCGACGUUGUUUACUACAGCGUGUAGUCAUAAUAAGAAACACUUGGCGUUACAGGUCGUGUAGCUCUGUGUGCUGAAUGGAUGCUUUCAUUGCUGACUGCUGAUUGUAUGAGAGAGAGAGAGAGAGAGAGAGAGAGAGAGAGAGAGAGAGAGAGAGAGAGAGAGAGUGAGUGAGUGAGUGUGAGUGUGAGUGUGCACAUGGAGAUCUGGAACACCGUCCUCCUGUUGCUGUUCCUCUGCAUGUGGAUCCUCAUGCAGACUCAAGCGUACAAGAAUGAGUGCAGAGUUGAGCUGAGAAAAGCAGACUGUAGCCACAUGAACCUGAAAACCAUCCCUCAGGACCUGCCCGAGGACAUCAGAACCUUGGAUGUAUCCCAUAACUGUCUGGUCGAGCUGAAGCCCUCAUCUCUGACUCGAUACCACAGUCUGGAGCAGCUUGAUGUCAGCUACAACAGCCUGAAAGGGGUACCGGCAGGUUUGUGCCAGGCCAUGCCCGAGCUGUGGAGGCUCACCUUACGUCACAAUGAAGUGCACCUGUUGCAAGUCCGAGACAUGAGGAACUGCACACGCCUCACACACCUGGACCUGUCUGAUAACAGGCUUAGACUGAAUGGAGAUCCAUUCUCAGGGACAGAGAAUCUGGCCUGGCUGGAUGUCUCCCGAAACAAACUGACCACCGCUCGCCUGGGGUCACGACCCCAGCUUCCCAGCCUGGAGACCUUGAUCCUUACAGGCAACGACAUCACGGAGCUGAAGAAAGACGACUUUUAUUUUCUCAGCCAGUCCUUGUCAUUCCGGACGCUGUCUCUUUCUUCUCUGCCUCUGAAGAAGGUGGAGCAUGGCUGCUUCAAGCCCCUUGCACAGUUACAAGACCUGGUGCUAGACGGCUGUAAGCUCAACCCUACCUUCAUGUCCACACUUUGUAAGGAACUGUCUGACACCUCGUUAAGAAACCUGUCUGUCCAAGAUACACAGCAGGUCAUGCUGACAAACAGCACCUUCAUGGGUCUAGGCAAGACUAACCUCACUAUUCUGGAUCUCUCCAACAACAAAAUGAAUCAGAUCAGUAAUGGAGCCUUUCAGUGGUUUCCCAUGCUGGUGUACCUCUCUUUAGAGUACAACAACUUAAAACAUUUAACCAACGGUACCUUCAUGGGGCUGAAAAGUCUAAGGAAACUCAAACUACAGAUGGCGCUAACUAAAAGUCACACAUCUGCUUUGCCAGUCAUAGACGACUUCUCUUUCCAGCCACUGGUCCAGCUUGAAUAUCUGUACAUGGAGAGGACAGCAUUUAGGGAGAUCACUGAGAAUAUAUUUUAUGGACUUCUGUGCCUGAGAGAGCUGAAUCUGGGUUGGAGCAGCACAGGGCUAAAGAUAAUCAGCAACACCACCUUCGCCUCCUUGAAAGGAUCUCCACUCCUUCAGACACUCAAUCUUUCAGGUAUGGGUAUUAAAGGCCUUGGCCCAGGAGCUUUUUCAAGCUUGGGAAACCUCAAGACUCUUGUGCUUAGUCACAACUUUAUCAACCAGAAUCUGACAGGGAAAGAGUUUGAGGGUCUUAACAGUAUCAAGGAACUUCAUUUAUCCUUCAACCAGCAGAUGAUUACUUUAAUGUCUACAGCUUUCUUCCAUGUACCCACAUUGAGCACUCUGAUGCUUGGGCAUGCACUAAGCCCUAAUUUGGAUGUGGAACCUUCUCCUUUUCGACCGCUUGUCAACCUGAUGAUGCUGGAUCUCAGUAAUAACAAUAUUGCAAACAUCAGAAACGGCUUGCUCGAGGGACUAGACCAUCUUAGUGUGCUGAAACUGCAGCACAAUAAUUUGGCCAGGGUGUGGAAAAAUGCUAAUCCUGGGGGUCCAAUGCUAUUUCUCUCCGAUGCUCAGAACCUUACUGUUCUUCAGUUGGACUACAAUGGUCUUGAUGAGAUUCCAAGAAUGGCCUUCCAAGGCCUCUCACAGCUAAAAUACCUCAGUAUUAGUGGGAAUCUCUUGAAUUUUCUGCACGACUCAAUUUUUGAUGACUUGCGGUCUUUGCGCUUCCUGCAGCUGCAGAAAAAUCUCUUGACCUCAGUGCGGCGGGAGACAUUCAGGGUGCCACUGUCCAACCUGACCGAGCUAAUCAUGGACCAUAAUCCCUUUGAUUGCACUUGUGAGAGCAUGCUAUGGUUCCACACAUGGCUCAAUACUACCAACACCAGUGUACCAGACCGUGACAAAAGCUACAUCUGCAACACCCCAUCCAUGUACUUCAACUGUUCUGUGAUGGACUUCAACCCAGAAUCUUGUAAGGACAUGGUACCCUUUAAGGCUGCGUAUAUAAUCACCAGUACCUUAGUACUAGGUCUGAUGGCUAUAGCCUUCCUGGUUCACUACCAGGGCUGGAGGAUUCAAUUCUACUGGAAUAUUGUAGUCAAUCGGACCCUAGACAUAAAUGACUCCCGCUACAGGAGGGUAACAGAGUGCAGAUAUGAAUAUAAAGCCUACAUUGUCCAUGCUCAAAAGGAUAAACUUUGGGUUGAACGAAGUUUGCUUCCUCUGGAAGACAAGAAUUUCAGAUUCUUUUUGGAGGACCGGGAUGCAAUGCCAGGCUGCUCAACAUUAGAGACCAUUGUGGACAACAUGAGGAUGUCCCGGAAAGUGGUUUUUGUUGUCACAGAGGCACUUUUGAAUGAUCCCUGGUGUAGAAAGUUUAAAGCACACCAAGCACUUCACCAGGUAAUGGAAGAAAACCGAGACUCGCUGGUUCUUAUUUUCUUGGAGGAUGUUGCAGAUUACCUCCUGACUCAGUCGCUCUUGUUGCGCAAAGGCAUGCUAAAACGUCGAUGCAUGGUCCAUUGGCCUCUGCAAAAAGAACGCAUCCCUGCAUUUCGCCAGAAACUGCAGCUAGCAUUAGCUUCAAGCAACCGAGUCCGCUAAUGCUUUCUAUUCAGGGCAGAACUUGGAUGAAGCGUUUUACUGUUUAUAGCAGACACCAAUAGCAAAACGAGUUUCAAGAAAGACUCGCAGUCAAAGUUAUUUACCUUUUCUGUGCCUUUUUGUACGUCUGAAAAUAUAAUACAAUGGCUUUUAAGCUAGCAGGGAAGAGUCAGCUAAUAUUUACAAAUUAACCAAAACAAUUGACUUAACCAAAACCAAUGCUUAUAUGGGGUAACGGUGAGGCUACAGGUCACUAAAUGCACUUAGCUUGUAGUGCUUGGAAAAUUUUUACUUAGACUUUUUUGUUUGUUUGUUCUCCAUAAUGAAUUUUUCAACAAAAUAAAAAAAAAAAAAAAGACAAAUCAUUUUGUUAUACAUUUUCUUCUUUUCCAGUAUCUUCUUACAAGAAAGAAUUGACCUUGUAAAUGUUUCUGGAAAAUGUGUAGAUAUCAUUGUUAAUAUAUUGCCAUAGUUAAAUUCCAUAACAUGCCAAUUACAUGUGAUACCAAUUUCACGUGUCCGCAUAUACAUAAGUUAUUGCAUAAUUUUUUUUCGUUAAUUCUUAGUUUUUGCCUUGAUAAUAGAAAAUAUGAGCUAGGCAUCAUGUAUGACAGUUGCCAAAAUGAGAUAUGAGCUACAAAAUGACCAGAUCCUGCCAUUAGCUAUAGAAGACAUAUCUUGUAUGUAUAGGGCUUAUAUGUGGAUAUAUGUGAAGCAAUACAGGAGACCUAUAUUUUUCCUGUAUAUGCACAUAUAUGCACCUCAAUUUUGCCUAUAUGUGGCAUAUAUAUUAUCAUAUAUGUGCAUAUAUGCGGCAUAUAUGCAUAUAUGACACAAAUAGGUUUCAUAUAUGUACAUAUAUCCACAUAUAGAUUCUUUCCAACAGAUUGUUACAAAAAAAAAACAACUUUUGUACACUUUUAUAUAUUCCUUAAAUUGUUUUGGUCAAAAAGUGAGUCUAUAGUGUUUUUUUGUUUGUUUGUUUUUUGUAACAAUCUGUAUUCUACUGUAGUUUUUAUUUUUAAAACCAUGAAAUUAGAGUUAAAGUUUAGUUGCUUUUAAACCAUAUUGAUUUUCUACAAGCGCUGGUUUGCUUAUUAUGGCUUACGGUUUAUCUCUGUCCUCUAGUGGCUGUGCCUGGAGCUAAACAUUUACAGCAGUGUAAGGUCAUAUAUUUCCACACUUGUUUUGAUUUGAAAGUGUAAAGUACUUUAUAAAUAUUUUGGUAGAUAUAUUGGUACAGUAGCUCUGCUAUUAUCAUAGUGUUUUUUUUUUAUCGUUUAUCUUUUAUGAUUUUGUUUUUCAGUCCUAGUUGAAGUUUAUUGUCUUUAAUGUCUUUAAUAUUUAGUUUUAAUGUCUUUAAUAUUUCUAGCAUACUUUUUGCUAGCUAACGGAUAUAAUAUGGUAUAAAUAACGGAUUUUUUUAUUAGUUCACAACUAAACCAUACGUUCCUUUCAGCUGUAGCUAAUUUAUUUGACUUUUUUGUACUGCACUUCAGGUAAUUAUUACUUUAGUUAGUUAUACUAAUGUGAUAUGAAACAACCACAGUAUUUUUCUUGGAUUUAUGAACGUUUACUUUUGUUUUGUUAAGUUUAGACCCCUUUAAGAGGUCCAAUUAGUAGUUUUUAUUUUUUAGUAUUUUUGCUUUGCCAUUGUAUAAUCACAACCUAACAAAAAAAAAUCAACC